AUGUCAGACGAAGAGAAGGUCGUUGAGACUCCCCCUGACCCGACGCUUGGUCACCGAGAUGAAUCUACGAGUCGCAAAUACCGCCUGGGCAAGCACUUUUCAGAAGAGGUCGACACUGCGGCAGGCUACAUACCUCUAUUGAUUUGUUGUUUUGUUACUGGACUUACAGAUGGAACAUUAUACAAUGCAUACGGCACUUUUGUUUCCAUGCAGACAGGAAACACGAUAUUCGUGGCGCUGGGCACGUCAGGACAGAACAACAAACCAUUUGGCUGGGCCCGCUCGCUCUGCUCCAUCGGCUGCUUCACCAUAGGCUGCCUGCUCUUUGCGCGCUUCCACAAGCUCCUGGGCGGCGCGCGGCUGCGGCGGACGGUCCUGGGCUCCUUUUUCCUGCAGACCGUCUGCGUCAUGGUGGCGGCGGCCAUCAUCCAGGGCGGCGUCAUUGACGGGCGGUACCCGUCGCAGCGGGACCCCGACGACGUCAACUUCACCGAGCUGGCCGCCGUCGCCCUGCUCUCGUUCCAGGCCGCGGGCCAGAUCGUCAACAGCCGCGGCCUCGGCGUCAGCGAGGUGCCCACCGUGGUCAUCACCAGCCUCUUGUGCGAUCUCGUCAGUGAUGAGCGGCUGCUGGCGCGGUACAAUGCCAAUGACAAGCGCAACCGCCGCGCCAUUGCCUUUGUGCUUACCCUCGUCGGUGCAAUUUGUGGUGGCUGGAUCUCAAAGGCCACGGGCAUGGUGCAGCCCAGCUUGUGGUUUGUGGCUGCCAUCAAGGCGGCAAUUACCGUUGGCUGGCUCGGUUGGGGUGGCUUGUGGAAGCUUCGCCGACUGUGA